GUCCAAAGACUCCAAGGCCAUUCUUGCUCUUCUCUAACCCGCCGAUCCGGCUUGUCAAUGACCUAGAGGCCUUUUAACUUGGACUGCUGCACCCUUAUUUCCGGAAGACUAUACAGAAUAUUCCCCGAACUGAAUAAUUCCAGUCGUUCUCUCUCACCUCGACCGACCCUCCGAGUCCGUUGCAAAGGUGCCUUUGCAGGCUGCGUGGUCUACCAAACUCCCCUCCUGCACCAGGUCUUGAGCCUCAACGCUGCCCUCGAUUCUGCGGCGCGAACUCGCGAUUUUGAGGCUGCUGACGCCAUUAUCCGAACUGCCUGCUUCGUGACGGACUGCGCGCGAGGUUGCGCGCGAAUUCGGCAUGCUCCAUCACUUUCGGCGAGCCACCAUCGCCGCCAUUCUCGUCGCGACCGUCGUCUUCCUCCUCUGGCUCCUGCCUCGCAUCCUCAAUCCCACACCGCCCGACGCCGACGAGCGCGACCGAGAUCAGAAAUGGGUCAACACGUCGCCAUAUUGGCUCGACCGUCAGGCCUGUCGCUGGCUGGGUGUAUGUGGCGUCCAUCACUUGAGAUAUGACCCCGCGAGGCUUCCAGAUCAUAGCGACGAGCGCGUUGAUAUAAGGCUCGAGAUGUUUAAGUCAUUGGUCUUAGGGUGGAGCGAGGAGAGAACGUUCGUUCAGAAAUCCGGGAUGAGCACCUGGGAGACUGCUCCCAUGCAAAGGGACACGAGGCCCAGCCGGAGGGAAAUAGACGUCACUGUCGCGCCUAAGAUACUAGAUGAUAUCCCGGAUUUUGUCUACGCGCAUGCGCCACUAGUACAUAUCUACUCUGGAGAGGAAUUCUUGCCGUCAGACAUAGCCGAGCAUAUCCGGCACAUGAAUCCGCUUGUGGGCGGUGUGCCGGUAAAUGUGUCGCAGCCUUUGAGCCUGGACAACCUCGGGACACUGAACCAGAUAAACGGCACUGUCUUCUUGUCGAGCAAGGACGACGUGGAGACAAGGCCAGAAUGGCUCCACAGUCACUCGGGGGUUCCGGUGCCUUUUGACGACAACGACGAUCCUCAAGAAGGGGAAGACGAGGAUGCUGGUUGGCGCGAUCAGCCCAAGCAGCCCAAUGACGGUACGAGGUGGUGGGAUGCCGAUAAGGACCACCCGCCUAAUAGGAUAGUCGAGCCAAAGAAGUUCUCUGGAAUCCAGCGAGGGUCGCGACAAAUACGUUCUUCUUUCGGAGCACAGGCGCCCCUCGUUGUAGACGGCGGUGACGAGGGUAACAAGCCCCACCCAAGCGGGUAUUCCAAGGGGCCCGCCGUUCUUAUCCUCGUCGACAAGGGCGCAGGAAUUCUUGACGCGUUCUGGUUUUAUUUCUACAGCUAUAACCUGGGACAGACCGUGCUCCGCAUGCGCUUCGGGAACCACGUUGGCGAUUGGGAGCAUUGCAUGACGCGGUUUGAGCAUGGGGUCCCAAAAGCCAUGUAUUUGAGCGAACAUGCUGGCGGCAAAGCCUAUGCGUGGCAAGCGCUCGAGAAGCGGGCACAGAAGGGCGACAAGCCCGCCCGUCCCGUCAUCUACUCCGCGGUAGGCAGCCAUGCCAUGUACGCCUCCUCCGGCAUGCACCCGUACGUCCUCCCCUUCGAGAUGCUCAAGGACAUCACGGACAAGGGCCCGCUCUGGGAUCCGACCCUGAACAAUUAUGCCUACUGGUACGACUACGAGGCUGGCUGGGCCGAGGAGAAGAAUCCGACUGGCCAGAACCGGACCAGCCUGGCACCGGCGUCAUCAAACCCCGACGCCCCAACAUCGUGGUUUCACUUCAAGGGGUAUUGGGGUGACGACGUCUUGCCUCUGAGUGACAAGCGCCAGUGGAGGCUAUUUGGAGAAUAUCACUACACCGACGGCCCGCUUGGGCCCGUCUUCAAGAAGCUUGAUAGGAACAAGGUGUGCCAAAACGAAAGGUGUACAAUACUCGAGAGCAUUGAGGCCGGCAAGAAGUCGACCUGGUACAGCUGAGGGCAGGUGUCAAUUUUCGGCUGCGAUACCCUUCUUUGACUUUUCUUUUCCUUGGAAAUAGCUCAUGCAUAUAUAGACGGACAGUGGGAACAGGUUGGACAGACGGGGCGGUGAUCUGAUGGAGUUGUGUAUUUUCCGGUACUGAACAAAAGCUGGUAUUAGUUGGGAUGAUAUAAGAGCGAUCAGUGUGCCCACCUCAGCGAGGCAAUUUAUCUCUGUUUGGCUCACCUUGGGUAUGGUAGCGGACCUACAAAUGUGCAAGUGUUGGAAAGGAAAAAGAGGGCAUGUGUAAGAAGUAACUUUAGCAAUGGCCAGACUACAAGAUGCUAUGAAGAAACUUGCUUCUAAGA